AUGAAGGUUUUCAUCGUAGUUGCAAUUUUUGUUAUGGCGGCAGUAGCGGAGCCACCUAUUUCCAAAAGCUACCUCCCCCCACCUUCCAGCAAAUCUGGCUAUUCGCAAGGACCAGCUUCUUUCCAGGCUGGUGGACCUCAAGUUAUUGCUGCAAGGAAUCUUGAGAAUGCACAUGGGCAUGGCUUUGCGAGAAACAAUCCUGAACGCCCGGGAGCAAGAUUCGCAGUAGGCCAUGAACAUGGUUAUGACAACGGGAUAGCAAGGGACGCUUUUGAAGCUUCCAGCGAGCCAGCUAACUACAAUUUCGGGUAUAUGGUCAACGAUUUUAACGAAGGCACCGAUUUUGGACACCACGAAGAGAGGCAAGAAGAAACUGCACGUGGGGAGUACCAUGUGGUGUUGCCUGAUGGUAGGAAACAGACCGUAAGCUAUAAGGCUGACGAACGCGGUUUCAAGCCUCAAAUAUCUUACGAAGAAACUGAAGACCUCACACGUGGUUAUGACGCUAAUGCAAACAGCCGCGGUAACCAUGACAACGGCUAUCAUGGCGGAAGCGGCCAUCAUGAAAAUAGUUUCGGUAACCAUGGCAACGGCUUUAAUGGCGGUCUAAGUAACCAUGGCAACGCGCGCAGCGGUUACUGACUCAUUCCGG